AUGGGGUUGACGGGGCAAGAGAUUGCGAAGCAUAACUCGAGAGAGUCAUGUUGGGUUAUUGUUCAUGGCAAAGCAUACGAUGUUACGGAAUUCUUGCCUGAACAUCCUGGCGGACCCAAGAUCAUCUUAAAAUAUGCUGGCAAAGAUGCUACCGAAGAAUUCGAACCCAUCCAUCCUCCUGAUACCCUCGACAAGUACCUCGACAAGUCAAAGCACCUGGGUGCAGUCGACAUGUCCACAGUAGAGAAAGAGGAGCAGGAAGAAUCUCCAGAAGAAGCAGAGAGACAGGACCGAAUUGCACGCAUGCCAAUUUUGGAGCAAUGUUUUAACCUGAUGGAUUUUGAAGCGGUGGCAAGAAGUGUUAUGAAGAAGAGCGCAUGGGCAUACUAUUCUAGCGGUGCCGAUGAUGAAAUAACAAUGCGAGAAAACCACUCCGCAUUUCACAAAAUAUGGUUCCGCCCCCGCGUCCUCGUCGACGUCGAGAAGAUAGAUUUCUCCACCACCAUGCUCGGCACAAAAUGCGAUAUCCCCUUCUACGUAACCGCCACCGCGCUCGGAAAGCUAGGCCACCCCGAGGGAGAAGUCGUUCUCACACGAGCAGCUAAGAAACACAACGUCGUGCAAAUGAUUCCUACCCUCGCCUCGUGCUCCUUUGAUGAAAUUAUGGAUGCCGCUGAGGGCGAUCAGGUCCAAUGGAUGCAACUAUACGUCAACAAGGACCGGGAAAUCACCAAGAAGAUUGUGCAGCAUGCCGAAUCACGCGGCUGCAAGGGCCUAUUCAUUACAGUCGACGCACCACAGUUAGGCCGUAGAGAGAAAGAUAUGCGCUCCAAGUUCACAGAUGUAGGCUCGAAUGUGCAAAGCGGAGCUGCGACAGAUAAUUCGCAGGGUGCUGCAAGAGCUAUCAGCAGUUUUAUCGACCCGGCUCUAAGCUGGAAAGAUAUCCCAUGGUUCCAAUCCAUCACCAAGAUGCCCAUCAUCCUCAAAGGCGUGCAGCGCGUCGAAGACGUCAUCCGCGCCGUUGAAGCCGGCGUCCAAGGCGUCGUGCUCUCCAACCACGGGGGCCGCCAACUCGAUUUCGCUCGCUCGGGUGUCGAGGUCCUGGCCGAAGUUAUGCCUGUGCUGCGGGAGCGGAACUGGGAAGACCGGAUUGAGGUUUUUAUCGAUGGCGGCGUGAGACGCGCUACGGAUAUUAUCAAGGCGUUGUGUUUGGGUGCGAAGGGUGUGGGUAUUGGACGGCCGUUCCUGUACUCUAUGAGUGCGUAUGGACAGCCGGGUGUGGACCGCGCCAUGCAGUUGUUGAAGGAUGAGAUGGAAAUGAACAUGAGACUCAUUGGGUGCUCGAGUGUGGAUCAGCUGAACCCUACGUUGAUUGAUACGAGGGGUCUGAGUAUGCAUACAACUAGCGUGCCGAUUGAUACUUUGGGUCUUUCUAUUUACGAUCCGUUGGUCAAUCCCAAGGAGAAGUCGAAGUUGUGA